GAUUACAUCAAUUCACGUGCUCCCAUUUUUCACCCCCCCAAACCGACGACCAUGAACACUGACAGAAAUAAAACCUUUUCUCAUCUUAGAAAAGAAUCAUUGGACAUCUAUAACCGCUUGAAAUCAAUUGAAGAAGAUAUUAACUUUGUAAACCAGGUCCACGAUGCUUAUCCCGACUUCCCUCUCCUCCCCAACUUGAGAUGCGGGGCAUGGUAUACAGAUCCCUGUCUGGCUGCUCCUCAUCCUGUUUACUUCAAGUCCACUGAUGGUCACUUUGCCAAUUGGAGGUUCAACCUUCGGAGGGCCAAUCUACAUUUAUUAAAUUUGAGCCACAGAGGGAUCGUCUUAGUUGACUCUACGAGAUCGGGGAAACGAAUGCCGGAUGCCUUGUCAAAAACAGUCCCGAUUUGGUGUACUGUCGUGAAUCGUGCAGUGCGUUUGCGACAUAGAGAAACGCCUCGCCAGAACUGGGACAUUUCACUUCAUACACCUCCAGGCGUGGUCAGCACCCAGGAGCACUCGCAGAUCGUGCCUUUGCUGGAUGGUUGGGCAGAAUCGUUGAAUGUAUUCCUUCUUCCGGACUUGUCCUUACCGCUUCGACCAAUAUGGAUAACCCCGACCUCAUCUUCAUUUCCCAAGUUCUCUCCAACAGAACAGACCUUCAUCCCCAUUAUUUGUGUUUCUGCCUCGCGUCAGGUUGAAGAGGGGUUUGACAGGCGUAGUGGGGGUUUCGUGUACAUCCAAGGUUCUGGAGAUGAUCACGAAUUAUGGGGGAUGGGUCUUAAUCCUGACAUCUUUUGGCACAACCGUGAACGUAUCUUGUCCGCAAAUCGAUCCGAAGUGGAGACAAUCAUCACCUCCUGCGUAAAUAGCGCGCAGAAUACUAAUACCGCCCGUCUACCUUCCGCCGUCGCUCGAGUCAAUGGGCGCAUUCUUCUGUGUGCAACCUCUGACCUGAUAGUGAGGUCUCCAGGACACCUAUCCGCUAUAUUUUUUGGGGAAUCCGGGGAUGUUGCAUAUCUUGUCCUUUCUUCUCGCGAUCGGAAUGACACGUCUGCAGACGAUGCUCGGAAUGUGCUUUACAUUCCCAUACCUAAUGGAAAGAAGGGCCAUGCUCAUUUUUUGCAAAUGGUUCUUCCUCGUGCAAUGGAAUUCGUACAAAUGCAACUAGCCCAGGGAAUGCGCGUAUGUAUUGCUUGCGAUAGUGGCAAGGAUUUGAGCAUCGGUGUAGCAACUGCAGCACUCCAAAAAUAUUUUGAUGAUGAAGGCAACUUCGUGGUAGAUGGUUUACAUGAUAUUAUUCCUGACAAGCGAACCAUCCGGAUGCGCUUGGAGUGGAUUAUUGCUGCGAGACCGGAAGCCAAUCCUGCACGGGAUACCUUGAAAAGAGUCAACCAAUUUCUCCUGACUUCCGACUCAUUUCUCCGCAAAAGAUGUUGAACGCAGUAAAGAUGUCAUUUAACUUUAAUCCGUUCCUACUCCUUUCAUAAUAGUUUUGGCUUAACUUCAAUUGAUGCGAGUGUGCUAAACAUGAUCAAUUGAAAUCCACUUUGCGUUCCGGGAUUAUAAGUCGAAGGAAUAACCCAAUAUUGGCCUCUGGGUAAUAAUGUCAAAGAGGUUACCACUCCGGUGAUUGGAUCGUCGUAGGGACCGGAAGUCGCAACAUGGUGAUCACUAGAUAUUCUGUUUACUGAUGCAGGAUAAAUAGUGACGUUCAAGCUGACGCCCGCAGAUGGACGAAGGAGUUGUAGCCGGAUCCUACAGUAUAAACGAACAUUAGGUCAGCCUUCCCUGGAUUUUCAAAGAUCAGCGGGAGCUUGUACAUGAUUUGAGAUUGUGCUGGAAGGUUCAAUUCAUAUAUUGGAUUUUGGAAAUAUCGGUUGAAGCUCGGUCCUCCAGCGGCUGACAAGGUAUCCC